ACGAGGAGGAAAUCUGUGAGCGAUCAAUUGAUGGAAAUUGAUAGUUAUUAUUUUUUCUCCCAGAAUAAAUACAUGAGUAUUUUUGAAGAGUUUUAAAAGUCUUUCUCAACUAAAGAAGCGCACACGCACGAGCACAGUGUGGAAAUGCCGCGUGUUGUGCAAUAAAAUCGGCAGAUACGCCACAUAGUAGAGCGCGAGAGGAGCGCGCGUGCAGCCCGGCGGAUCUGUGGACCAACUGUGACAAACUGACGAGUUAACCCGUUUGGCUCCGUUCACGAGGCUGUCAGGGAAACACGCGCGCGGAGCCCAAAGCGAUCGGGCACUCCACAUAACCUUAUACCCCCCCUCCAAAAGAAAAAAAAUAGAAAAACCUCCACCCCCCCUUCCUCCACCUACUGUCGCCAUUUUAUACAUUGGCGACUUCAUCUAAACUGGCUCCACCACAGCGCCAGAUGAAAACGCAACAGCGAUAUAUCAUUUCGGUCAAAACGUUACCUGUCUGCCGCUGUCAGGGAGGAGUAGAAGCCGCGAUGGCGCUGUCUCAAAUCAUAGACGAUUCUCCUCUGAGGCUGGGUCCAAACCACGCCAAGAACGACGGGCCGAACCUCCAGGAGCUGUACAACGAGCGGCACCGACUGGCUCUGGAGGAGUUACUGUCAGGAGGGCUUGAGAACUUUCAGGAGUUCCUGAAGCGGGAGAGGAUUCCCAACUUUCUGUCGGACAAUGAGAUCCAGGCGAUCCGGAGCGCCGCCGUGCCCCCGCGGUGCGUGUCGCUCCACGGGGACGAGCCGGCGCUGGAGCAGUCGCUCAGCAGCUCGAUGGACUGCUCCUCCGUCACCUACUUCCCCGAAGUGUCUGACGUGGAGCCGCCGCUGCUGGAGAUCGGAUGGCCCGCCUUCACCGCGGGGUCUUACCGGGGAGUCACGAGGGCCGUGGCUCACUUCCAGCCCGGCUAUGGAGAGAACAUUUACAGCUGCAAGGAGGCUGCCAGGCGCAUGAUUAGAAGCGCCAGAGAGGUGAUAGCCGUAGUGACCGAUGCCCUCACAGACCUGGACAUCUUCAAGGACCUUCAGGAGGCCUGCACAGCCCGCAGGGUCCCCGUCUACAUCCUGCUGGAUCAAUCGUGUGCGCCAGCUUUCCUGAAGAUGUGCAGGAACCUCGGCAUUCGCCUGGACGACCUUCAUCUAAUGAGAGUGCGAACCAUCACCGGUACGACUUAUUACAUGAGAUCUGGAGCCAGGAUUACCGGGGAAGUUCACGAGAGGUUCAUGCUGAUCGAUGGGAACAGAGUGGCUACAGGUUCUUACAGGUUUAACUGGUCCGAUGGUAAACUGAACAGCAGCAACCUGAUUGAGCUCUCUGGUCAAAUCACGGAGAAGUUUGAUGAGCAAUUCCGCAUCCUUUAUGCCCAAUCUUUGCCUGUGAACAAUCGUGGACAUUUAAGUUUCUGUGGUAGCAGCCUCUCCGAGCCCCUCCUCAUCAAACCGUCGGUGGCCUCAUCCCCACAUGUGGUUAGAGAUAGACACGCCGAACCAGUCUGCGUGACGAGCACGCCCUCCCGUAAGCCCCGAACACCAGCGCCGCAGCCUCAAUUUGAUGGCUCGUCUCCAGAUCACGGUAAGACCGGCACCGCCGCCUCCGAAUCCGUGGAUGGAGACUGGAAGCAGCAGAUGCAGGAGAAGAUUCUUGCCGGCUGCACGACGCAGCCUUUCCCUGCAAAUCUGAUCUCCUGCCACGCCUCAACGCAGACCAGCCAGUCAGUGACCGACAGCGACACCCAGACCGACCUGCAGCUAGCGCAGCAGACGCCAGCAAGCACAGCACCAGUCCACAACUCCUCCUCCGGGCCGGUCCCGGCCACCCAGGCAGCUCCAGACACCACUUUAAAGGACUGCUUCCUGGAACUGACCAAAGAGCGUCGGUAUCACUACUCUGCCAUCCGCUCCAAACUGGAACACAUGGUGACCGCCCUGUCUCAGAGGCCAGAGCUGGCCGAUGUCACCAAUCUGACUCAGGGGCUGGACGCCCGGAGGCAGAGGAUACACAAAGAGCGUCUGCAGGAACCAAAUCCCAGACUGCCUGUUGACAGCAUGGGCACGGGCACGUGGCCAAGAGCCAGAUGUGCACACUAGCUGGUCUUCAGGGAUUUGUGAGCUGGAGGGUGGCGAGGGAAGCAACAUUCCUCUCAUUUGAAUUAAUGCUUUUGGCUCCAGAAGUCAAAUUUCAGAUUUUUUAAAAUUUUUUCUUUACCGUCUACUGUCCUGAUGGUGUUUAAUGUUACAGUCCUACUGAGAGUGGCAGAAGACGAGAUGUAUUUUCUAUUGAUGAAUCUGCUGUACUGAGAGAAUGUACUAAGAUGUUUUCUUUAACUCACCUGAACGUGGUUUUGGAGAGCAACUGCCUCCCGUGCCUUAAAGAAACAAAUAAAUCGGUACUUCUCUG